CCAGGCAGGGCGAUCGGGUCCACAGCCCUCCCAGCGCCUCCGCGGAGCUGCCGGGUGAAACCCGCGCUGUGCAAGUAAGGGUGAAGGGCAAUAGGGGCAAACCAAGGAAGUCGAGGACCCAACGCCGUGCUGCUGUGUGCCCAUCCCUCAUCUCCCAGCACCAAGGCUGCUCGAGCUCAGGGUAUUUUUUACUUGUCCCUGCCACCUCCCAGACUCUGGCCCAACAUGAUACUGACUAAAGCCCAGUACGACGAGAUAGCCCAGUGCCUAGUGUCUGUGCCUCCCACCAGGCAGAGCCUGAGGAAGCUGAAGCAGAGGUUCCCCAGUCAAUCGCAGGCCACUCUGCUGAGCAUCUUCUCCCAGGAGUACCAGAAACAUAUUAAAAGAACACAUGCCAAACAUCACACGUCAGAAGCGAUUGAAAGUUAUUACCAGAGGUACCUGAAUGGAGUAGGGAAAAAUGGAGCUGCCUCAGUGCUCCUGGAGCUGGCCAAUGAGGUGGACUAUGCACCCUCAUUAAUGGCUCGGAUAGUACUGGAGAGGUUUCUACAGGAACACGAGGAAACUCCACCCUCCAAGUCUGUUAUAAAUAGUAUGCUGCGGGACCCUUCUCAGAUUCCAGAUGGAGUUCUAGCAAAUCAGGUCUAUCAGUGCAUUGUGAACGACUGUUGUUAUGGACCACUGGUGGACUGCAUCAAACAUGCCAUCGGUUAUGAGCACGAAGUCCUGCUGAGAGACUUGCUUCUAGAGAAAAACCUGUCCUUCCUAGAUGAAGAUCAGCUCCGUGCAAAGGGUUAUGACAAAACGCCAGACUUUAUUUUACAAGUACCAAUUGCUGUAGAAGGGCACAUAAUUCACUGGAUUGAAAGCAAAGCCUCAUUUGGUGAUGAAUGUAGCCACCACGCCUACCUGCAUGACCAGUUCUGGAGCUACUGGAAUAGAUUUGGGCCGGGCCUCGUCAUCUAUUGGUAUGGAUUUAUCCAGGAGCUAGACUGUAACCGGGAGAGGGGCAUCCUGCUCAAAGCCUGUUUCCCCACAGACAUCGUCACCUUAUGCCAUAGCAUAGCUUGACCCUGAUGAUCCUGGAAGAGAAGCUGGGAGGAAAAGGUGAAUCCGGAAGCAAUUUUACUUUCCUGCAGCGUCAACUCCUGGCAACAUCUGCCCUGAACUCCAGCUGAACUCUUCUGCCCGUGGUCACACCACUACCUCUUUAGACAAACAUAUCAAGAGUUUCUGUUUUCCUUCAUCCCUUGCUGAUGUGAACAGCCAAGAACUACAGACACAACCCACUCAUUAUCAGCAUUUCUGUCUCUGUCAAACAGUUAGUUUAUAGAUAGUCAUAAUCUUUCUUCCUUCCGGAUGGUUUCUCCUUGAAUACUGAACAAAAGAAAAAAUGUGGAGACUGAAAGGUGUGAUUUUUCAAUUCUCCUCCCAGUUGCCGAAUCACCCUCUUAUUAUUUUUUUUUCCUAAGCCUCCAUUCAUUCUCUCUCCCUCCCGCUUUCCCUUCAUGUACACUCACAGAUACCCAGCAUUGCAUUAUCGUCAUGGAAUAAUCGAGCACACGCCCAACAAAGCUGAAGACAUCAAGUCUGAAACGAAAUGUCCCGCCUCACCUGCAGGACUCCCAGUAAACCUCAAGUAUAGCCUGUGCCGUAUGCUUGUUUUGUCCAGUCUUUACGGUUUCCUGACUGCCAUGGCAUUAAGCCAAGCUGAAAAAUAUACUUGAUGAGAAUUUCCUCUUUUUUUAUAAUACUUAUUUGAACACCAAACCUUUUCCAUUUAUCUCAUUUGAAAGUAUUAGUUACAUCGUGUCUGGAAAGCAUACUCCUGCAUUGGACUGGGGGCUGAGGAGAGACGAUUGAAGCUCGGUGCCAGCUUUGACAAGAGUUUAUUUUUAAACAUGGCUAGUUGUCAGUAUGUUUGAUAGUACUUUUAUGAGUAAAAAUUUUUUAAAGCACAUUCUGUACACUGCUUUUUAUCUGCGUUUUAUACCACAUAAUUAUAUAACAUUCAAAUAAUUUAGGCAUUAGAAAUGUUCAGCUUUGAAUAAGUGAAGUGUACUGGAAAUAAACCUAGGGCAAUUUUCAAUAAGCAAAAUAAAGGAGAGUUUAUAUUCGUUCACUUUAAUUUAUUCACUUUUUAUGCCGCAAAUCAAAUUUCAAUCUGAAGCAAAACAUCAAUAAAUUCAUUAUAAACCUAUCUUUGGGGAAGUUAAAGAUUAAUCUAUACCCAAAAAUGUAUUUAGUAAAGUAUUUGCCCCCAUAUUGACAAAACAUUAUUAAUGACUUUUAUAAUGUUGAAUUGGUGAGCUUGGAAAUAUUAAUAAAAAUGUACGUUUUUAUAAACACGUUUAAGUUAUGUAUACAUUGCUCAGUUCUUUCAAAAGACUAAAUAUGCCCUUAGUACUUUGUUCAUUUUGUACCUAAUAAGGUUUCUAAACGUCUACCUAUUGCUUUUCCUUUUGUAGGACCCAAACAUGUCAUGUCUGAACAUGUGGAUUUUAACUCUGCUGAGGGUUGCAUUAAACAGAGAGAGAGAGAGAGAGAGAGAGAAUGAAAUUAUAAGGAGGUAUCAGGCAAACUUCUGUUUUAGUGUAAAGUGUAUCAUGCAGGUAUUAUGAGUGAAAUAGAAUGAUUUGAAACCACUGCUAUUGUCUUCAUACAUGCACACAAACACACAGACACACACACACAGGCCUUAAACAAAACUGUUGUUAAAAGCAGUUUUCAUGGCAAGCUCUAAAAUGCUUUUUCUUCUUUAGGAAUAAAUUACAUUUAUCUGCACAGAUGUUGAAAACUGUUAAACCCUUGUCAAGGGUUUGUUUGUUUUACAUUAAACAAAUUUAUGAUGAGAGUGCACAGAUAAAUUAAAAUAUAAAAGAGUUGCUUGCAUUUCGUCGUCAUUCUUCUACCUGGUGCCCUGACAUAAUGUGUUAUGAGAAGCUAUUGGUGUUCUCCUCCGCCAAAGGCACCACCUCCUUUUAUGAAUAAGGUUUUAAAAUUGGGCUCUUAAAAGUGGGAAAGAAACCAGCAAUAAACUGUACAUACUAUGAUAAAGUUACAAGUUAUUCAGAACUAAGCUUUUUCCCACAUAAGAACUAAUGUGAUUAUUAUAUCUACUACUUUUUGUUGGAGGGUUGUGGGGGGAAGAGAGCAAUGUUCCCAAAUUGGAAGCUUAGAGCUUCCUUGUUCUUUUCCUUUUAUGUUAGAAAUACGUAUCUAUGUUAUAUCUAUGUGUGUUGUUUGUUUCCUUGUUUGUUUGUUUUUUAGUUUAGACAGUAUAAACAUCAGCCCUGGAAAGUAGACAUGGGAUGACAACUUUUUUUUAUUACUGUCGUCAUUAGAUCAUGAACAUUAAAGCCAGAUCUUGUUUUAUGGAGCUCUCUGCAAACCGUGCUAAUGAAUUAUGCCAACCCAGAAAGCAGGCAUGUGUGUAAAACGUAAAACUAAAUGAUGUUCUCUCUGGCAUAUAUAGACUUGCCAAGCAUCUGCUCUCACAAACAAAUAAGAGACCCUGUUUGAAGCAUGGCAGGGGACCAGCUCAGAGCAAAGCUGAUCCAGCACUGAUAUUUAAAGUGAUUUCAUAGACUCCUUUCCCCAUCUCAAACCACCGCCCCGCACAACAACAACAACAAAAAAAGAUAAUGAAAAUCGUCGUUAUCUUUUGCCUUCUAGUGAGGUAUAUGUCAACUCUUCUAAAGACUCCUGAAAUCACAUACAAAAGGGAAGGUUCAGGGGUCCAAAGUAGAAAGCAGGAUCUCCGGGGGAAAUAAUUUUCUUUUAACCGUAGGUGUGUGUCCCUGCUCAUUAUCAGCAAGGCUUGAUUCCACCCUGGAAAGGAUGAUGAAUUGUUACUCUUUGGGGUGUGCAUUAACUCAUGGAACCCGCCAGGGGAUUUGCUUGGAGCCCUGGAUGAGGUAAUCCACUAAAUGAUCCCCGGUGGGUCACAGUAAUUAAUGCCCAAGUGAACAGUUAAUUCACUUGCUUCUCAUGGAGGAGCUACACCCAUUGUUUCCCUUCCUUUCUGGAACCAGCAUACCUUAGAUGUCUGCACUUUUCACCUGCUCCCUGCUCCAAACCUGGUGUUUCGAUGGAAUUAAUCUUGACUGCUUUCGUCUCUUCACUUCCCACCUCUUCUCGGCCAUCUGCCCCUUCACUAGCUUUUGCCAGUUUCCUCCCACAUGGACAUGUAUUCUACACUUUGUCACUCCUCCUUGACUCCUUUCUCUCUCUCGAAAAUGAUCCCAGACCAAAAUUCAUCCCAUCUAAGUCCUCUGAUCCAUCUGUCUUCGGAGUGGAAGUUGGGGGUAUGGAGAGAGCAAUUGACGUGUUCUGUUUGGGGAAAAGCAUGCCUAAACAUCCUCCACAUGCUGAAAUAUUCAAGGUCCUCUGGGCACCUGAAAGAUCACAAAACUUUUAACUAAGAUAACAAGAUUUCACAGGGUCAACUAUGGUAUGGUAGGAGAGUUAGGCCGUCGGUAAAUGUUUUGGCAAAAGGAGCCAAAAGAACGUGUGAGGUUUACAGCUACUCUCAGCCUGAGUGGUGCCGUUCAGCUGAUUAAAACUACAAAUUAAUAUAGUAAAAUGCCCUUAUGAUUUAGUUAGCGGCACACUUCUAGCUGGUUCAUCUCAGGGGCAGCUUGCCAUUUUUCCUGUGAUCAGAUGGGAGCAAGUUGCCUCAAAGCAUUAACUAUUUUGUGACAAGGAUGGGAGGAGACAAUCUCCAUUAGGGUUAAGGAACAAAGCAAGCUUAACUAGAGAGGAAGCCAAAAGGUAAACAAUGCGAGUUUGCCUGCAGCGUCACCAGUUAGAGAAGCACCUCUCUGAACCUGUCUGUGAAGUCGCUCUUAGGAAGGGUGGAAGAGGACGGCCUGGGUCAUCUAAUUGUGUUACCCAAAGCUAACCUCCCAAUGUAUAGUAGCCAUGGUCUGAACCUGUUUGAUUAAUAACAUGCCUGGAUUCCAAAGAUUAAAUAAGGAAGAUGGAAUUAGGAAUUAAAUAAUAACAAGAACAGUGUGGGUUCCCCUUGUGUUUUUCACUUUCCUGCUAUUGUUUUGAAUAUGGCUGUGAGACAAAGAGCUGCUUAGGUCAAGCCCUAUAAAUUACAGUUUUCAUACAAUAGUAAUCCACUAAAAUGAUUUCAAAGCUUGAUCAAAGUACUUCAAAAAGACUUUUAAAACUUUUCCACAGUACAGGGGGAGGGGAAAUGCUCAUUUGAUGCCUUAAUUUUUUCAGUCACUAUAGCAAAGUUCUAUCUUGGCGUCAUACCUACUUUAUAUAAAAUCCAACUCAUUAAAUCUAACUUGUUCUUAUUGUUGUUUCAUGUCUAAGGAAAAGGGAUUUAUGUUUCCAUCUAGUUAAUUGGAACAACUUAAUUUUUGGAGUCACUUGUAUUAUAAGAAAAAGAUACUGUAGUAUCAUUUUAAAAUAAGUAUAAUUUGACAGUAUUUAAUUACGCUACUCAAGGUAUGAAAGGCUGUCUAAUUCCCUGUGCUUAGAAUAAAAUGGGUAUCCGUGGGUUUCUGUGGCAUUUUGAUAAUAAUUGUGGCAACAGAUACAUUUAGUUUUUCUCUUUCUUUUUCCCUCGCCACUUGAAUUUCUCUGGAGCUGUCUAAUUGCAUAAGCAAGGACGGUGGGGAGUACCCCCGUGAUUGCAAAGCUAAGCAAGUUGUAGGCCCAACCAUAUAUAAAGAUAGUCUGGACCGCUGCAGCAAUGUCAGGCUCAGCAUAGACCCAAGGUACGAUGUCAGGGUAAUUUCUAUUUUUUAAAAGAAAGGUCAUUUUGAAAUGCUGACAUGAAAUAUAACCAAGUCAAUUAAGUAAUAACAAUUGAAGUUCAGGGUUUAAUUGAGGGCUGAACAUGAAGACAAUGACCAUUAACCUAAAAUGGUCAUGAAUUCCCCUGGAAACUGACUGCCUUGGUUAAAAGUACUUCUAGAAUCACUAGCAUUUUCUUUUUUUUUUUUUUUUUAAAUGUUUUGUCAUUUUUAUAUUCAACAGAUACAUUCACAAGUAACAAUUUACUGGGUCUAUAGUAGACUUUCUAUUUCAUUUUAUUUCUCUGUCAUUUUAAUUCAGAUAUUGUUUAGAUAAUCAAAACUACUUCUGCAGGAAACCAUAGUUUUAUAAGUAAACCAAAAGAUGUGAGCACCCUUUAUUUGUCCCACAUUUAUCUCAAUUGUUGACUUAUUUCUUUCUGUAGUUGUUUAAUGGCAAAAUUUCCGAUUAGAUUGUAACGUAACGUAGAGUAGAAACUGUAUUUAUCUUGUUCACUGCUCUGUUCCCCAGUAGCUAACAGAGUUCCUGGCACAGAGCAGGUGUUCAAUAAAUGUUGAAUGAACCAGUGAGUGACUGUUAAAUUUAUAUUAAAUGUGUUCUCACUCACUGGCAUUAAAGAAGUAAUUGGUACCUUUUAACUGUUUCUUAUUUUCUUCAGCUGCAAAUUGGGUGUAUGUACUGGAAUCAGAGGAAAGCCAUCAUAUACGACGAGUAUGUUGUUGUUAAUUAAGGGAUUAAUUACUUUAGAAACCCACAAAAUCUGAAAUACAGCAGAUUCAUCAACCAGAUUAUUUUAGGAUGCAUAUACUGUUUGAAAAGGAAAUCAUGUAAUUUCAUUGAGUUUGUCUUAAUCUUAGAACAUUGUUGUUUAUCUAGUAUAUUGCUAAAUAAACUAGAACAUGUAAAAUCUUA